CACGCCGGGCUCUGUGCACCCCGCCUCAGCGUGCCGGCCUGGUGCUAUGCGAUGGUCCCUGAAGCGCUCCGUCACAGCUGCACUUGCAGCCUUCUUCCUUUUCCUCCUCCUCCUCCUCCUCCAGGGGGGCAGCUGGCAGGAACAGGAUCCCCUGGAGGUGGAACUUGGGGGCUUGGCCCCAGCCACGGUUCUCCAGAUGCUGCAGCCGGAAGGAGCCCAGCACAUCCUCAGGGACACAGAUGACCUGUCUGCACCGCACAAUGUCUCCUACCAUCUCCUGGCUGGCUCCCUGUCACCCCACAAAAAAUUCUUGGCGGUGGGAUUGGCAUCGGUGCAGCGGCCGCGCGGCUACUACCUCCCAGCCACACUCCAGUCCCUCUUCAAGCAGUCGACAGAGGAGGAGCUGCAGGAGAUGGUGGUGGUGGUGCACCUGGCCGAUGCAGACCCUAGAUGGAAUGUGCACGUGGCUGCCAACAUCGCCCGCAAGUUUGCUCACCACAUCCUCCUGGGCCAGCUCCUGCUUAUCCACACUCCCCAGGAGUUUUACCCCACCCUGGAGGGCCUCAAGAGAAACUAUAAUGACCCAGAGGAGCGGGUGAGGUUCAGGUCCAAGCAGAACGUGGACUAUGCCUUCCUCCUUGCCUUUGCCGCCAACCUCUCCUCCUACUACUUGAUGAUUGAGGAUGAUGUGUGGUGCGCCAAGUCCUUCUUGACGGCCAUCCGCAAGGCACUGGCUUCCCAGGAAGGCUCCAACUGGGCCACCCUUGAGUUCUCCAAGCUGGGCUACAUCGGUAAGCUCUACCACUCCAGUGACCUUCCUCGCCUGGCUCGCUUCCUCCUCCUCUUCUACCAGGAGAUGCCCUGCGACUGGCUGCUGGUCCAUUUCCGCCUCCUGCUCACCCAGAAGGAUGUCAUCCGCUUCAAGCCCUCCCUCUUCCAGCACAUGGGCCUCUACUCCUCCUUCCAGGGCACCAUCAACCGGCUGGAGGACAACGAGUUUCAGGCUGAUGCCUUGGACCUUCCAGACAACCCGCCAGCGGCCUUGUUCACCAGCAUGUCCGUCUUUGAGAACUACGAGCCCCUCAAGGCUUACGGGACAGCAGAAGGGUAUUUUUGGGGUAAAGACCCAGCAGCCGGCAGUGUCUUCUCCAUCAUCUUCCACCAGCCGGCCCACGUCACCCGUGUCCGGGUGCGCACAGGCUCUGAUGAGCGCCAGAGUGAUUUCCUGCGCGCUGGGGUUCUGGAGCUGGGCUGGCGACAGCAGGCUGAUGGCCGGGACUGCUCUGCCUACACCACUGUGGGCACCUUUGAGAAGGGGAUCUUUGAGCAGCGGGGACUGGAGAGGGGCAUGCCCGGCCCUGUGGAGUGCGUGAGGAUCCGGGUAACCCAGGACCAGAGUGAGUGGCUCAUCAUUCAGAGCAUCGACAUAUGGACCACGGCAGGCACCUGACCACAGCUGCAGCAGGUUGCCAAAGCGACAGGAUUUUGUACUAAGAGGUCCUUUAUUUUUCUCACUCCCUUUUUUUGGAAGGAAUUAAAUUAUUGACUCCUGC